CUCCCUCCAGUCCGUUUCUCUCUCUCUCACACACUCUCACUCUCUCUCUCCCCCCUCCGAGCUGCUCCCAUUCUUGAGGACUUGCAUGUGAAACGGGAGAGAUAAACAGACGUGCGGAGAGCGCCGAGGAAAGGACAAGGGGAGAGAGAGAGAGUGAGAGAGAGUGUGUGAGAGAGAGAGAGAGAGACGGUGCAUUAGAAUUUAGGAAACAACCUCCCUCCCCUCUCCUCCCCUCUCCACCUCCUCCUCCUUCUCCUCCUCCUCCUCCUGCCCCCCUCCUUCCUUGUCUAUCUCUCCAUCUUCAUCCCUCGUUCUUUUUUCUUUAAUGGAUAGGAAUUAUCCUGGAACAGGAUUCGGAGAUCUGGGAGCAGGAACGGGAUGGAGUUACGAGAGAUCAGCGAAGGCAAGUCUGAUGUAUGGGAGCUCCAGAUCCUCCCAUCCGGACUCAGAACUACUCCAUCGUCAAGCUUACACAACACCACACCCCCUGCAGGGCUAUGCAACCAAUCAUCACCCAGGAAGCUCUGGGCAGGGUGGAGCGUGGGGAGCAGCUGGCCGGAGUUUAGGACUUUCAGGUUUGUUUGAUGCUGGGUUGCACCAUGCGAGCUCAUCGGGGCCUGACGCUUCCGUCAUGAACCUGAUCUCUGCAUUGGAAUCUCGAGGUCCACAGCCUCCCCCUUCAGCCUCCUCUCUCCUCUCUCAGUUCCGUACCCCCUCUUGGCAGACUGCAAUGCAUACUCCGGCACCUGCUGAGCUCUUCAUCUCUAGCGCACUGCCUGGGUCUGGCUCCUUCCCCUCUUCCUCCGCCCUGUCAGCAUAUCAGCACCCUGCUUCGUUCUCAGGUCGCUCCUUUCCUGGGGUGACCCCAUCACUAUCUCUCCAAGACACUCCGACCUUCAGCCCCACCUCUAAUGGCCUCCUGUCACCACAUGAUCCGCUGCUGCACAUAAAAACACCAUCCCAGUCCAGUCUGGGCUUUGACCGCCUUCUUUCCUCCCAGAGUGCGGCGUACAGAGGAGCUCAGGAGGCAUCCAGUGCUCCCCAACCUCCCCCACAAUCGUCCUCAUCCUCCUCCUCUCGCCACUUACCUCCCCCACAGUUUAACCUGCUCUCAUCACAGCUUCAAGACCAGUCCUCCCAGCUUUACAAUGCCUCUGUAUUCUCCUCAGCACCUGCUCCCCCACAGGCCCCUACCCCCCAAGAAAGAGCCAUUCCCAGACAAGACAGUGUGAUAAAGCACUAUCAGAGACCUUCCCCUGCACAGUCCCAACUGUCCUCUUCUACACCACAUCCCCUGCAACAUUAUCUUAGCUGUGGAGCAUCAGGGUACCAGCAGAUUUCCCACCAUCGGCAUGGCGGAGUUAACUGUAGUCCUCUGGGUGAACAAAGUCCAUCCUCUGACCCUAAACCCUCACCCCGGUCAGAGCAGGUUUACCGGCCCAUAAUACAGCCCCCAUACAGCUCCUCCACAACAUCUUCAUCAGCUUCCACAGGAGGCAGUAUUGGGAAAACAGGAAAGAGUUCUAGUUCAAGCAGUGGCUACUCUUCCUCCAGCUCUUCUUCAUCAAGGACUCCCCACACACCCCCCUCAGCUUCCUCCACUUCUUCCUCCUCCUCUUCUUCAUCUAACCCCAGUGCAUCAUCUAGCUCCUCCUCGGCUCCUUCAAGGCAGCAGCCACCACCCCAGACUGCACCUCAACCCCCUCCGCCACCUCCUCCACCUCCCCCUGUAUCCUCUUCUGCAACACAACAGCCUGCUCCCAAACCCUGCCUUUCCGCAUAUGGUUCUCCUGUAGCUCCUGUUAAACCUGCCUCUGGGCUCCCUGGUCAAACCCCACCACAGCAACACUCGCAAUCAUAUUCUCCAGGCCAACCCCCAUCUUCCCAUAUGUCCCAGCCUUAUGGAGGAUUCAGCUCCCCGCAGGCCCAGGAUCUUAGCUCUGGUCCUGGGGGGUCAGGAAAAGGUUUCGGGGGUCUAGGAGCAACAGGGCGUUCAUUUUCAGCAGAGGUGGUGUAUGGAUCUGAGUCAGGGUAUGGUUCUUUACCACCAUCUCUUGGAGGAGCAGGAAGUCCCUCAAUGGGCUAUGGUGGUCCUGGACAUUCACCUGCUCUAAUAGGGUCUGGAGGGGGAACAGGUACAACAAGCAGUGGUGCUGGCUCAGGAGGUGGUAGUUCAGGGGGUGCAGGUCCUGGCAGUAACAGUGUUGCAAGUGGUGGAGGAUCAUACCAUCUACCGGACUCCAGCCCAUCCCCCUCAAGUAACUCUGGAAUCAUUCGGCCAGGAUUACAUUCCCCUGCCCCAACUCGUCCUGCUCAGUCUCCAGGAGGAACUGGGGGUAAUAAGUAUCUCUCCUCAGUUCUCUCUCCUGCUUUCUUAGCAUCUCCACAGGGGUACUCAGACACACGAGCCCCUCAACCCCAAACACAAUCUUAUCAUCCAGCUCCACCGAAAUCCAAGUCAGAGUCUGAAAUGCUCGGUAUGGAACGAUCCCAAGAGGAUGAUGAAGACGAUGAUGACGAUUUUCUAAUUCAGCACUUAUUGCACUCUCAGAGCCCAGCCCCUCCCCCCUCUCAACACCACACUCAACAACAGCCACCACCCGUCCCUACCCAGCAGCAAUCACAGUCCCAGUCCGUGACCCAAAGAGGGGAUGGAGCAAAGGGAAUGUCAGCAUAUGAACUGAACAAGGCAUCUGAGGAACGCUAUCAUUUACAAAGUGUAAUUCGCACGAAUAAUGCCACCAAUAAUGUGGCUCCUGGUACUGUGAACACCACUGGACCAAGCACUGGUUCAGAGAGUCAGAUGGAGAUGUCUCUGAAGAAGCAGCAGCAACAAGCAAAAGCAGAUAGACCAGUCUCCAGAGCUGGGACCAACGGAGGGAGAGGGGGAAUGGAUUCACUCUCUCACUCUCAUUCCCAUGUACCUCACUCUCACCAACAUGACUCUCUGGGCUCAGUGGUCCACUAUGGGAGAGGGGACCCUUACGGCCACCAGACACACCAACAUCAGCAUCACUCUUCGCACUCCUCACACCCACAGCACUCCCAACAUACACAGCAUUCGCAUCCACAUUCCAUGUCUCACUCCCACAUGGACCUCAAGGAAGCUCCAGAUCCAUCAGAGCUACCAUAUUUGCGCAAAACCCCAGAUUUGCAACAGCGACAGUCCCAGACUUCUCUUUCCCAUAUGGAUUCACCACCUGACCAGACUCAGCAACCUCAGCAGGCUCACCUUCUCCAGUCUGUUCUUUCUCACACCACAGGUAACAAGCUUGACACUCAGCAAACCUCCCAACAACAACAGCACCCAAUGAGCCAACAGGCUUUAAUGGGACCAAGUGGAGGUCUUGGGACUGCUAGUGGCGGGGGAGUGGAGUCCCAGCCACAAGCCUCUCAGCUUCAGCUCCAGCUUCAAUCCCAGGCAAUGGAGGCUCACUAUGGGCGUGAAGCACAGCGAAACCAAAGUCAGUCUAGUCAGAAUUCUGUCUCACCACUAGAUAUGCUUGAGCGGUCACUAUCAAGGACAAACAGUCGUGAAGGGACAGGGCCUACUGAGAGAAUUGUUGGUGGAGAUGGAAGCACCAGUGAACACCAUAGACCACAGCAGCAGCAACAGCUGCAGCAACAACAGCAGCUGCAACAGCAAAGGAUACCCUCACAUCACCAGUCCCACCAUCCUCAACAGCCACCUUCAGAGCUCGAUUUCCUAAGCGAGACAAAUCUGAGUAUGUCAACCUCAUCUCAUCUGCAUCAUAUGGCUUCACACCAUACACACCCUCAUGCCCACCACCAGCCACAGCCCCACCCUCAUCACCAACACUCUCACCAGCUCUCUCAUCACAUGACAGCCAACUCUGCACCUUUGCAGCCUCAGGCACAGCCUAGAGAACCAGAACCCCAGCUCACCCAGACACAACUUGAUCAGCUCAAAGAACACCAGUUUGACACAGAAAGCCCUGUAGGGAAACCAACACAGAAUCAGGGAUCGAGCCAGCAGCAACAACAACAAAGGUUUGUACCUCUGACCUCCAUCUGUUUCCCUGACUCACUCCUCCAAGAUGAAGAUCGGUCAUUUUUUCCAGGAAUGGAAGACAUGUUCUGCUCCGAAGACUACAAGCCAAGCUGUGCAGGAGGAGGUGGUACUGGACAAGGAGAUCAGGAUAUGGUGUCUGAAGCGCGUGUAAACGUUCAAGAUGGAAUAGAGUCAGUUAAGACCGGCGGAGGGGCAGGUGGAUAUGAUAUGAUGGGUCACCAUAGUGACCAGGGGUAUGGGCAGUACUGUCACAGUCUUGCUGAAUCCGGCAAUGGUAGCAUGCAUCUUGAUUUAGACUCUCUGAAAACUCAUGAACUCCCAUCCACUGUGAACACAGAACAACUGGGCCUGAUACAGUCUCAGGCCCCAGGCAUCGGAAUGGGUGGCACAGGACCUGGUGUAGAUGGAACAGGGAACAAAAUGAUGGGAACUCCAGGUGUAGGAAGUGGGUCUGGAACAGGUGGGUUGACUUCACCCAUUUUCUGCUCUUCUAGACCCAAAAAACUACUAAAGACCAGUUCUUUCCACCUUCUGAAACAGAGGAGAGAUCCCAAUUCCCAGCCACAGACAAAGAAAACGUAUGCCCAGGAAUAUGAAUUUGAGGACGAUGAGGAUAAAGCAGAUGUUCCUGCUGACAUUAGACUCAACAGCAGGCGUCUGCCAGAUUUGCUCCCUGAUUUGGUGUCUAGCUGCCGCAAAUCCAGUGGCGGUUCAGGGGUUGGUAGUCUCAGUCCCUUAAUAGGUGACUUAGAUUUCUGCCACCCCUCAGGGUACCCGUCUCUUGGACCACCUCCACAGCUGCUUCCCCAAGAUGGACCAAAGAAGAGGGGCAGAAAGCCAACAAAACCGAAACGAGAAGGUCCCCCCAGACCCAGGGGAAGACCCCGUAUUCGUCCAUUACCAGAACCUCCUUAUUGCAGAGGUCUAAUGGGAUCCAAUGCUGGGGAGAGCCGAAGGGGACGCGGUCGAGGAAGAGGUCGUGGCAGAAAAGACGAUCUCAUGUUGGAAAUGCAUAGAGACAUGAAUAAAGGACAGAAUUAUCAACAGCCUCAUCAACAAGCACCUCAUCUCCAUCACCAGCAACAGCUUCAGCAGCAACAUCAACCACAACACUUGCAGCAACAUCUGCACCACCAUCAACAGCCCCAGCAGCAUCUACAACCGCAGCAGCAACACAUGCACCAACAACAGCACCUACAUACACAACACCAUCAACAACAGCUACAUCAACAGCAGCAGCAUCACCAACAGCAACCACAGCACCAACAACACCAACAACAUCCCCAACAACAUCAGCCUCAACAACAGUAUCAGGAACCUAUCAAACCAAUCAAGAUCAAGCUCCCUCUUCCUUCCAUUCCUUCAUCCGAGUCGCUCUUGAGGACGGACUCCUUGUCGAGCACAGAUCCAGUUCUCUCUGAUGGCUCUGUAGGGUCUGCUCCAUCUUUAGGCCUGAGCCCUGGGCCCACAUCUGCACUGGACAUGAACAGAGCAGAUUUGAAUCGAGUUCAGGAGAAGAUGGCAGAGAAGGAUCAAGAGAUGUCCUGGGAGAGAGACAUGGAUGAAGACAUGACCCCAGAGGCCUGGGCUACCAUGCAAAAACUGUCUAGCUCAACUGACGAGAAGCCCCCAGAGCUGAAGUCUGGCUUCAUAACUUCUUUCUUGGAUUUCCUGAAAACUGAAAAGAAGCAGCCAGGCCCUGGUGUGCCAUCCAUGGAUGGCUCCACCCCCACAGAUGACCACUCUGUGAAAGGCGGGAUCCGUCCUUUAUCUCCACCGCCGCCUCCUCCACCACCGCCUCCUCCACCGUCGUUCGGAGAAAGUGAGGGCGAAGGGAGCCUGGCUCUCAGCAACUGCCCGUCGCCGUGCAAACGCCUGGACGAGGAACUAAAGAGGAACCUGGAAACGCUGCCUUCCUUCUCCUCUGACGAGGAGGACUCUGUGAGCAAAAACCAGGACCUGCAGAAGAGCAUCUCCUCCGCCAUCUCUGCCCUCUACGACACGCCCCACAGCCUGGCCGCAGUCCCACCCCCUCCCACUCCGUCCCCGCCCACUCCGCAGGACCAGCCCCUGAACACACCUCCUCCGCCUCCUCAUUCGCCUCCUCCGCCUCUCCCUCACUCUCACAGCGAACAUGAGCACGAAACAGAGGCUUCCAUAUCACCCCAUGACGAGGAUCCACACGCACACCUGGAGGUGCAGGAGAGCUUGGGCACGCCUCUCGCUCAGGAGGAUGAGGGAGUCAUGCAGGACCCAGAGCAGGAGGAGCUACGGGAAGAGGCGGAGCCUGAGAGAACUCCAGAACCUGAGAAUGAGGAGGAUGAGCCUGAGGAGGAAAUGAGAGAAGAAGAGAAUGUAGUGCAGAGAGGAGGAGAGGAGAGAGAGAGGGAAGAAGGAGAGGAGGAAGAUGAAGAAGAUGACAAUGAGGAGGAGGAGGAAGAGACGGAGCACAAUGUGUUGGGCUCUGCCAAGGGUGAUGAUUCUCCAUCUGAGCCUGUUCCCGCUCCUGCACCGCCUUCUCCUCCAUUCUUUUCUCCUUCUCCACCAAGCUCCUCCUCCUCACCAUCUCCUCUUCCCCCACCUCCCCUCUCUCUUCCCUCUCCUCUUCCUGCCCAGGAGGAAGAAGAGGAGACUCCAGAACCCCCGCCAUCACCACCGCAACCGCAGCUCCUGUCCCAGUCGCAGUUGCCGUCACCGCCCCACCCGUCAUCAAAAUCACAGCAUCCGCCACAGUCCGUUCCCCUGCACCAUCAGUCUCUCCCGCCCAGCCCCUCUCCUCCUGCUCUCCCCUCUCCAUCUCCUCCACCUCCCACAUUCCCUCCCUCCACCACCCCUCCUCCAUCCUCCUCUCCUCCUCCCCCGGCCGAGGUGCCCCAGCCCUCUCCUCCCUCGCCCCCAACCCCAGAGGAUGCCCCGACGCCUCAGAUCACCUCUCUCCACCUGGCCAAGAAGCAGGACAACGCUGCCAUCGCCGGAGAGAGCGAGGAGGAGGACAGUGAGAGUGGUGGUGAGGGAAUCUUCAGAGAGAGGGAUGAGUUUGUGGUUCGCACUGAAGACAUCGGCACACUCAAGCUGGCUCUGCAGACGGGCAGAGAGCCUCCCCCGAUAUGGAGGGUGCAGAAAGCACUGCUGCAGAAAUUCGCCCCUGAGAUCAAGGAUGGCCAGCGGCAGUUCUGUGCUACUAGCAAUUAUCUGGGCUACUUCGGAGAUGCAAAGAUGCGUUAUCAGCGCUUGUACGUGAAGUUCUUAGAGAAUGUGAAUAAGAAGGAUUACGUCAGAGUGUGCUCGCGGAAACCCUGGCACAGAGCCGGAAUUACGCUCAGGCGUCAGUCACUCCCUAAGCCGACGCCCCCUGUCCAGACUCCGCCCCGCAUGGAACGAGAGGACAGAGAAAGAGAGAGAGAGAGGGAGAGACAGCGAGAGAAAGAGCAGCGGGAGCGAGAACAGAGAGAACGAGAGAAGGAGAAAGAGAGGGAAAGAAAGGAGAAGGAAAGGGAGCGAGAGAAGGAGGCAGAGCUGAGGGAGAAAGAGAGGAGAGAAAAAGAGAGGGAGAAAGAAAGGGAAAAAGAGCGUGAGAGGCAAAGGGAGAAAGAGCGAGAGGAGAGAGAGAAGGAAAAACAAAGGGAGAGGGAAAGAGAGAAGGAGAGGGAAAAAGAGAAAGAAAGAGAGCGGGAAAGAGAAAAGGAGCGGGAAAAACAAAGAGAGAAAGAGCGAGAGAAAGAGAGAGCAAAGGAAAGGGAGAAGCAAAGGGAGCGCGAGAGAGAGAAAGAGAGGGAAAAACAGCGAGAAAGGGAAAAGGAGAAAGAGAAGGAGAGAGAAAAACAGAGAGAGAGGGAGCGAGAGAAGGAGAAACAGAGGGAGCGAGAGAGGGAGAAGCAAAGAGAGCGGGAAAAAGAGGAGAAGGAGAAAGAGAGGGAAAAGGAAAAGAAGCUCCAGGAGAGGCAGAAUCAGGAGAAGCUGGAGAGGAGAGGAGGUGUGGAGCGAGGGAGGGCGAAGGAGGAGAAGAGAGGAGGAGGAGGAGCGGAGAAGAGGAUGGAGAGAGCUCGGAGUCGGCCUGUUAAAGUUAAAGCAGAGCCUCCACCCAAGAAGAGGAAGAAGUGGCUGAAGGAAGUUCCUGAGGUUCCCUCCUCUGAGUCUGACUCAUCACCUGCUAGUGAGGACGAAGGCUCACUGCGCAGUGGGUUAAACAGCCGGGCGAUGCGUGAGAUGUACCGCAGUUACAUAGAAAUGCUGGUCAGCACAGCACUGGAUCCUGACAUGAUCCAGGCCUUGGAGGACACCAACGAUGAGCUGUAUCUCCCACCCAUGAGGAAGAUUGACAGCAUUCUGAAUGAACAGAAGCGGAGAUUACUGCGGAGGGUCAACAUGAGCGCCCAGCACCAGGAAGCUUUGCACAUGUUCCCUCAGAUGGCUGCUGAUGCUCUGGAAUCUGGCGCAGUAAAGGUGCGCCUUGGGGGAGAGGGUUACAAUCGCAAAACCCUCAACCGUGUUAAAAGGAGUGUUCCUAAGCAACAGGAUCUGAAGCUGUCGACGGAGAUGUGUCGGAUCUACAGUCUCUAUCACUCUCUCCAUCAUUAUAAAUAUCACACCUUCCUGCACUGCAAAAAGGAGACGGACAGUAUAGAGCAGGCAGCAGAGGACCCCGGUCAGGAGGAGGUGGUCCAGCAGUGUAUGGCCAAUCAGGGCUGGCUGGAGACCCUCUUCAAUUCCUUCAUCGAGCUGCUGACCCUGAGCAACAAGGCUUAGGGUGGGUGGAGGUUUAAAGCGUGCUUCGUGUUGGAAGCAUGGACUGAACCAUUUGCAGACGCCAGAGCGGCAGGAAGUCAGAAUGUACCAUUUUUCCUAACACGGUGUGUGUGUGUGAGGAGCAAAGCAGUGUUCUGGGCUGUUGCAUCGUAACUUGAAAAUGUUUUAAUUUUUUUUUUUCUGUGACACUUUCCAUUUUCCUUUUACUUUUUUCUUUUCUUUUUUUGUAUCAUGUAAAAACUCCUCAGUGGAAGAGGAGAAAAAAAUGAAGCAGAGUGAAACGUGAGAGAGAGAGAGAGAGAGAGAGUGAGAGAGCGACAGAGAGAGAGUGAGAGCGAGUGAGAAUGUGUGUAGAUGAAGAAGGAUAGAGUCUGUGCCAAUGUGAACAGGGUUUGAGCCUCUCGGGCCUUCUGCAGCUUCUGGCGGAGGGGAGCUUUGAAUGCUAUGUUCCACGCACACUCUUAAAUAUAUAAAUAUGUAUUAUUGAUAAUUAUGAUUUGUAUUAUUUAUACAAGGACGUUUUUAAAACAAGUACACCUCCCCUUACACAGGCAAAACGCUGGGGCAGUUUCCUGUUAUUAUUUUGAAUAAUGAUGAUAAUAAUACUCCUGUUUUAUUAGGGUGUACAUAAAAUGGCCUACUAACUGCUCCUCCCGGCCCCCCGAAACAAACUAAAGGGGGAAAAAACGGUGGGGAUCCGGACAUCCAUGGACUUUAAGGGGAGUCUAAGCUGUGUGUGUGAAGUCAUUUUUGUUCUCGGAAAAAAAAAAGAGCGAGGGAAAAUGUAUUUAAAGUCAAAAAGACGUGUUCUUUCUGUUUGUUCUUCUAAAGAAAAAGAGAAAAAGUGGCGUAUCUCUUCGUUUUCUCCAAGAAAGCGUGAUGGUGCAGAGGGAUGUAACCAUUUUUAAAGUGUGAAAUCGUCUGUGUUUGUUUUUUUUAUCUGUUGGUCGUUUACUAUGAUAAUUCUUCUUCUUAUUAUUAUAAUUAUAAUUAUUAUUAUUAUUUUGGAGGUUUGCCCAUUCAUUUGAUCUCUUUGUAAAUAUUGUACAGCUGCUUCAGUCUCAAGCUCCCAAUCCCUCAUCUGACCAUGAGCCCUCCUGUAUUUGACAAACGCAAAUAAAAAAACAGACAACGUUCAAACGUUCAAUGAAAAUGGUGGAAAAACC